CCGGAUAAAGAGAGGUUACGUAUGUUUCUGUGGUGUCCUAUCACAAUGAAUGGCACCAUGAACGGAUCGGUUGACGACAACGAGGAUCUUCCGGAGAGUAAUUCGCCUGAUCUCAUAGUGGUAUUGACUUAUGAAGUGAUCAUUCCCAUCCUUGGAGGCUUUGGCAUUGUUGGGAACUUGCUCAGUUUCUUUGUGCUCCGUAGAAAGAAGUUCAAAUGCAACAUGUUUGUUUUCCUCCGGGGAUUGGCCAUUUCUGACAUAUUUUUCCUGAUCUUCACCCUGCAAGUCUGCUAUUAUGCCAGUGUCCAUGGUUACGUGCAAACAGAGGGAGAUCAAGGGCUUCAUGUCUCGUCCACGUCAAAAGCUCUGGAGAAUUACAUGUUCAAUAUUUUACCCUCACUCACCAAUGCUUUUGGGUCCUGUUCCGACCUCAUUGUUACUUUCUUGACCUUGAAUCGGGUACUGGUUAUGCGAAAAAUUGACGAGCUUCAACGAGAGCUUUAUACCAAAUGGAUGAUUCGAGCCGAGCUGAUGGCGAUAUUGGUGAGCAUCAUUCUCCUUCAAGUGCCAUUUGGUUUUCAGUAUAACGUCAUCCCAUGCCAAGCCUUGAUUUGGAACAAUGACACCACGCCUUUUCCAAUAGACCCUGAUUGGGAACCAGAUCCAGACUGCUGGACAAUUCAGCCAUCAGCUAUGAGUGAAAGUCUUACAUGGGAGAUUUUUGUGGUUACUCAUAUGGUCAUGGUGCGGAUCCUGCCCAUCAUUAUUGUGUCAACCAUGAACGCGUGGAUGUAUUGGAGACUGCGGUCAAUUGUCAAGCAAAGAGAGAUGUUCAAAGAUCUCAACAAAAAGAAAGCCCAGAUUUUCCGACCAGAAUCAGAGGUAGCCAACAAUGAUAUCCCAACCAUUUCGAGGUUGGUGGAUCAAAAUUUCACAAGCGGGGAUGAGGCCACAAUUUUCCAAGGAAUUGACAACAAUGCAAUUAAUCACCAACCCACAACGGUUUGGCCCUUUCGUGUCAAACGACCAUGUGCUAAACCCAAAACAUGGAUUUGCCGAUUCUUCAGUCCCACUUUGAAACGAAAUACCACUGCCCGUGAAAUCAAGCGGAGCCGUGUCCUUCUCCUCAUUGUAGCCAGUCACGUCCUCUUGGCCACGCCGUUUAAAUGCUUGAGCAUGAUCUACGUCUUCGUUCCCGAUUACUGGUCCAAUAUUCCCGCUCGGUCGAUUCCUGUGUGCGUGGCUCACGUACUUAUGGUACUGAAUUAUUCAAUUAAUUUCCUGCUGUAUUGCAUUGGGAACAAACGGGUUCGAGAAGAGACCAUUGCAGUUCUCUUUAAAUGUCGCAACUUAUAUUGGGGUAGCGAUCCUUAGCAUCAACUAUAAUGACUUUUCCUACGUUGACGUCAUACCCAUAUGAGUAAACUUGUCAGAGAAGUAAAAAAAGGAAAUAAUUCCAUCAUGGAUAAUGGAACGAGCUAUCUUAUCUGGAAGGUUGUAUGGGGCUAUUUGCUUCAUUUUUCUCUCCCAUUACGCAUUACUUUUUAGAAUAGGAUAAAAGAGCGCGUGUCUUCAGUUAUUAAUUCGGAUAAUUUACAAUUAGACCAUUUGAAAUGAAUGCCAUCUGUUGAUAUUGCCGCUAUGAAUACCUUAGAGUAUCUCUUAUAACUAAAUUAUUUUGAAUACCUUCAUUUGUUGGACCUCUCGUUGUCUGUUAUGUUGACACAACUAAUGUGUGUGCGGAUGGAUUUGUUCCAAAAAUGGACUGGCAGAUAAGAGCACUCUGUUCAUUUUCCCCAGUGUCAAGAAUGACCUCGAGCCCGAAGGUUCAGACGUGAUCAAUGUUUUACCAAUUAAGUGAAGAGUAUUUCUGGAACUAUUGCGUGGUUCUGCCAAUUAUCUCGGCCAUCGGGAUUAUUGGGAACACGGUGAAUUUGAUCGUUCUUCAGCGUGGAAACUUCAAAGGGUUCAUGUUCACCUACAUGCAGCUCCUCUCCCUCACAGAUAUUGGUUACUUGUUAUUCACCGUCCAAGCAUGUAUUUUCACUGAUUUGGGCUACUUCAUUUCCAAAGACGGAAUAACUUCCAGUAGUUAUGCCCUCAUUUUCUAUGUUUGGGUUUGUUUGACUCCACUGUGGAACACAUUUGGGUCAGGGUCCGACCUCGUGGUGGUCUGCAUGACCAUUUCCAGGUUUCGAAUCCUACGGGACAUUGACAAGAUCAAUCUGUGCGAAUGGAGUAGGAAGAAGUACCAUGUCAAGCAAGUAGUCACUGGGUGUUUGGUUCUCAGUUUCCUGCUCCACUUGCCAUACUUCUUUCAAGUCAAUGUGAUCCCAUGCCCUCCAGAAGAGGAAGACCCACCAAGGCAAACUCUAGAAGACCAUCAAGACGAAUGUUGGACGCAUGCCACUAGUGAUAUCACUCAGUCCCUGUUAUGGGCGAUCUACGGCUACGUUUACCUCGUCAUUAUCAAGCUCUGUCCUUUACUUUUGAUCUUCUCGUUGAACAUUGCAAUGGUUUUCAAACUGCGAAAAGUUUGGAAGCAAAGGCGAAAGCUUCAAGCUCGAACUCGAAGACGAGAAGAGGAGCGAAAACGCCUCCAGCUUGAACGGGAAAAACGAAGACGAGUUGAGGAACGAGGUGCUGAGAUUUCCAUCGUGACAACCACCGCCAGACAAAUGAUGUCGAUAUCAAACACCUUGACUGUCCCAGGGUUGGUUUCGUGUGAUGGCACGAGUCCCAUGAAUUCUGAAGAAGAGUCUGGAAUCACAUCCCGACGUCCAUCUCUUAUGUCAACUAUGGACAACUCAUCAUCUCGAUUUUCAAAGGAAGCGAAUCCAAAGAACAAAGGGAAAAAGAAAAAGAUCGCCUUAUUUGGAAUGCCCAGCAAAGAGUCGAGAAAGGAGCUCAAAAUGAGCAUUCUCCUGAUUGUGAUGGCUGUGAGCCAUGGUAUUUUGACGACGCCUGGAAACAUUUCCUACUUCUUCUACACGAACCUCCCUGAUCAAUGGGAACAAUUUGAGGAUCGAUCUCUCUUCAAGAGUAUAGCUAACUCCCUAAAUGCUUUGAAAUACUCGAAGAACUUCUUUCUGUACUGCAUUACCAAUCCUGACAUUCGGAAGGCCACCAUUGACUUGCUUCGAACAUGCUUUGAAUACUUCCAAUGUCGUGGAAAGACAGCCAUAAUCAGUGGAAGAUCGGUCACUGGAUGAACGAACAUCUCAAUCUGUCGCCUAACAGGAAUUCUGAUGCCUUUUUCAUGAUCAUUGUUGCCGUCCGAUCUGCCAUUUGAUGUUCGAUGCAAUCAUCAAUAACAAUGAAUUUCCAAGGCCCCCAAUUA